GCGGCGGCGGGAGCCCCCGCACCCCCAGGGCAGCCACAGGCAGAGCCGCCCGGCGGCCCGCCGCCGCUCCCGCCCGCAGCGGCACCGCGCCGGAGUUGCUGCCCUCGAGCAGUUUCCGCUCUUGGUUUUCAGUGAGGAGGGAGGUGGAGGGAGCCGGGUUUUAUUUUGAGGGCAUGCUGAGAAAGCCGUUCCCCUCCUGUAGCACAUUGCCUAGGCGUUCCUAUUAUGGAAGUUAAGUGAGAAACUCUGCAGCUUGAACUGAUUUGGUAGAGAAAGAGAGAGAAAGGGGUAGGGGGAGGGCGAGAGGAAAGCAAAAUAGCCAAACCAAGCCAAUGAUUUUCCUGCAAAGUGCCGGGAAGUUUGUGGAGCACUUUCUAGGAAUCAGGUCCUUUCUCAGAGUCUAUCCUUGUCUUCCGAAGAAAGAGCUUGCUUUUGGAUUGCCAUGGAUCCUAAAGAGAGUCUUAGACACACUUGAAUAAUUCCCUCUGCCUGGGCUGGAUUGGUGGGAAUUUAGGAAGGAGCGUGUGUGUAAAGCAGAAGCCUUCGGAGCUCGCUCGCUGCUCUAAUCUGUAUGGAUCUAAAAGUGCCAUAUUCAAGAUCUUUCCAUCUGCAGCUUUUGAUUUCAAGAUUUCCCUUUCCACUUUAAGUAGCUGCUAGGAAACUGAAAACUUUUGGACCUACCUCUUACUGGCUUUGGAUACCUUUUUUUUUUUUUUUUUUUUUUUUUUUGGAUCUCAGUGGAAUUGGUCUCUCAAGCGAUCGGGAUUGCUUUUAAUAUGUCAAAAUGGGUUUGCUGACGCCACUCCUGCUCUUUGGAUUUGCAUUUUUUCAAGUCUGUGGAUCCCGUCUCCGCCAGGAAGACUUUCCACCACGGAUUGUUGAGCAUCCUUCAGAUGUGAUAGUCUCUAAAGGAGAGCCAACAACUCUGAACUGUAAAGCUGAAGGACGGCCAACUCCUACUAUUGAGUGGUACAAGGAUGGAGAGCGAGUGGAAACGGACAAGGAUGAUCCACGCUCCCAUCGCAUGCUGCUGCCCAGCGGAUCUUUAUUUUUCUUGCGUAUUGUGCAUGGACGCAGGAGUAAACCUGAUGAAGGAAGUUACGUGUGUGUAGCAAGGAACUACCUUGGAGAAGCUGUGAGUCGCAAUGCAUCUCUGGAAGUGGCAUUGCUACGAGAUGACUUCCGCCAAAACCCUACUGAUGUUGUGGUGGCAGCUGGAGAGCCUGCCAUAUUGGAGUGCCAGCCACCUCGUGGACACCCUGAGCCUACCAUCUACUGGAAGAAAGAUAAAGUCCGUAUUGAUGACAGGGAAGAACGCAUCAGUAUACGUGGUGGGAAGUUGAUGAUCUCCAAUACAAGAAAAAGUGAUGCCGGCAUGUACACUUGUGUUGGAACAAACAUGGUGGGGGAGCGAGACAGCGAUCCGGCAGAGCUGACUGUCUUUGAACGGCCCACGUUUCUCAGGCGACCGAUUAACCAAGUGGUGCUGGAGGAGGAGGCUGUGGAUUUCCGGUGCCAGGUGCAGGGGGAUCCCACACCCACAGUCCGGUGGAGGAAAGAUGAUGCAGACCUACCAAGAGGAAGGUAUGACAUCAAAGAUGACUACACUUUGCGCAUUAAGAAAGCCAUGACCACAGAUGAAGGAACUUACACAUGCAUUGCUGAAAAUCGCGUUGGAAAAGUAGAAGCCUCUGCUACCCUCACUGUGCGAGCUCGCCCCGUUGCUCCCCCACAGUUUGUGGUGAGACCACGAGACCAGAUUGUAGCCCAGGGUCGAACAGUGACUUUUCCUUGUGAAACUAAAGGAAAUCCCCAGCCAGCUGUUUUCUGGCAAAAAGAAGGAAGUCAGAAUCUACUCUUCCCAAACCAGCCUCUCCAACCCAACAGCAGGUAUUCAGUGUCACCAACCGGAGACCUGACUAUUACAAACAUUCAGCGGUCUGAUGCAGGCUACUACAUUUGUCAAGCACUGACGGUUGCUGGAAGCAUUUUAGCCAAGGCUCAGCUGGAAGUUACUGAUGUCUUGACAGAUAGGCCUCCACCCAUCAUCCUCCAGGGGCCGGUCAAUCAGACGCUGGCAGUGGAUGGGACAGCUUUGCUGAAGUGCAAGGCAACCGGCGACCCCCUUCCUGUUAUCAGCUGGUUAAAAGAAGGAUUCACCUUCCUGGGCAGAGACCCUCGAACAUCCAUACAGGAUCAGGGGACACUUCAGAUUAAAACUCUGCGGCUGUCCGAUACUGGGACUUACACUUGUGUUGCUACAAGUUCCAGUGGGGAGACAUCUUGGAGUGCUGUGCUGGAGGUGACAGAAUCUGGUGGAGCAACAGUCAGUAAAAAUUAUGAUAUAAAUGACCUCCCUGGGCCACCAUCCAAACCUCAGGUCACUGAUGUUACUAAGAACAGUGUCACCCUGUCCUGGCAACCAGGGACCCCUGGAAGCCUACCAGCUAGUGCAUAUAUUAUUGAGGCUUUUAGUCAAUCUGUGAGCAACAGUUGGCAAACGGUGGCUAACCAUGUGAAGACCACUCUCUACACUGUGAGAGUACUGCGCCCCAAUACAAUCUACCUGUUUAUGGUGAGAGCUAUCAAUUCACAAGGUCUCAGUGAUCCCAGCCCUAUGUCAGAUCCUGUCCGAACACAAGAUAUCAGCCCACCAGCACAAGGUGUGGAUCACAGGCAAGUCCAGAAAGAACUGGGAGACGUCAUCGUACGACUGCAUAAUCCUGUUGUGCUAACACCCACGACGGUUCAAGUCACCUGGACAGUUGACCGCCAAUCCCAGUUUAUUCAGGGCUACCGAGUAAUGUAUCGCCAAACGUCUGGUCUACCUUCUCCAGCUGCAUGGCAGAAUUUGGAGGUCAAAGUCCCAACUGAGCGCAGUGCUGUUCUUGUCAGCUUGAAAAAGGGGGUCACUUAUGAAAUUAAGGUUCGCCCUUAUUUCAAUGAGUUCCAAGGGAUGGACAGUGAAUCAAAGUCUGCUCGUACCACAGAGGAAGCUCCAAGUGCCCCUCCUCAGUCUGUUACUGUCCUGACAGUUGGAAACCACAACAGCACAAGCAUCAGCAUCUCCUGGGAUCCUCCCCCUCCAGAUCACCAAAAUGGAGUCAUCCAGGAGUAUAAGAUCUGGUGCCUAGGUAAUGAGACUCGAUUUCAUAUCAACAAAACAGUAGAUGCAGCCAUUCGGUCUGUAGUAAUAGGUGGCCUAUAUCCAGGUAUUCAGUACCGCGUGGAAGUUGCUGCAAGCACCAGUGCAGGUGUGGGAGUGAAAAGUGAGCCACAGCCCAUAAUAAUUGGAGGUCGUAAUGAAGUUGUCAUCACUGAAAAUAACAACAGUAUAACUGAGCAAAUCACUGAUGUUGUCAAACAGCCUGCCUUUAUAGCUGGCAUCGGUGGGGCAUGUUGGGUAAUUCUGAUGGGUUUCAGCAUCUGGCUUUACUGGCGCAGAAAGAAGAGGAAGGGGCUCAGCAAUUAUGCUGUUCAGUCCUUCACCUUCACCCCUGCAGUCACUUUCCAAAGAGGAGAUGGAGGACUAAUGAGCAAUGGAAGUCGACCAGGUCUGUUGAAUGCAAGUGACCCCAGUUAUCCUUGGCUUGCAGACUCUUGGCCUGCCACAAGUCUGCCAGUAAACAACAGCAGUAGUGGACCCAACGAUCUUGGCAAUUUUGGUCGUGGAGAUGUGCUGCCACCAGUGCCAGGGCAAGGGGAUAAAACCGCUACUAUGCUUUCUGAUGGAGCCAUUUACAGCAGCAUUGACUUCACCACAAAAACUAGUUACAACAGUUCCAGCCAAAUAACACAAGCUACGCCAUAUGCCACCACCCAGAUACUGCAUUCCAACAGCAUCCAUGAGCUGGCUGUCGACUUACCUGAUCCUCAGUGGAAAAGCUCAAUUCAGCAAAAAAAUGACCUGAUGGGAUUCGGUUACUCCCUCCCAGACCAAGGCAAAGGCAACAAUGCCUUGCUUUACAUCCCUGACUACCGCGUGGCUGAGGGAUUGGCUAAUAGAUUGCCACACAACCAGUCACAGGAUUUCAGCACCACCAGCUCCCACAACAGCUCUGAAAGGAGUGGCAGCCUCUCAGGUGGCAAAGGAGGGAAAAAGAAGAAAAACAAAAAUACUGGCAAGCCCCAGAAAAAUAAUGGGUCAAACUGGGCCAGUGUUCCCCUCCCACCCCCUCCCGUGCAGCCACUUCCAGGCACAGAGCUGGAACACUAUGGGGUGGAUCAGCAAGAAGCAGGAUAUGACAGUGAUGGUUGGUGUCCGCCUUUGCCAGUUCAGACCUACCUGCAUCAGGGCAUGGAGGAUGAACUUGAAGAAGACGAUGAUCGUGUUCCCACACCUCCUGUCCGAGGAGUAGCUUCAUCACCUGCGAUCUCCUUUGGGCAACAGUCAACUGCAACCCUCACGCCUUCUCCACGAGAGGAGAUGCAGCCAAUGCUUCAAGCCCACCUCGAUGAAUUAACUAGGGCUUACCAGUUUGAUAUAACAAAGCAGACAUGGCACAUCCAAAGCAAUACACAACCUCCUCAGGCUCCAGUUCCGCCCUUAGGAUAUGUAUCUGGAAACCUUAUUUCAGAUUUGGAAACAGAUGUUCCAGAUGAUGAUGAGGAGGAGGAUGAUAUUGAAGAAGAAACAGUAGAAAUCAGUAGGCCGCUAAGAGGUCUAGAGCAUACUCCAGGCUCCAGUAUGGACAAUCUAGACAGCUCUGUGACAGGUUCAAUGGUAAAUGGAUGGGGUUCUGCGUCUGAUGAGGACCGUAACUUUUCUAGUCAUAGAUCUAGUGUAGGUAGCUCCUCAGAUGACUCGAUCUUUACCAGCGGCAGUUUUGCACAAGCACUGGUUGCAGCAGCAGAUAAAGCUGGUUUUAGGCUGGAUGGAACCAGCCUGACAAGAACAGGGAAAGCAUAUCCUUCGUCUCAGAGACCUCGGCCAAGCAGUCCUUUUUCUACUGACAGCAAUACCAGUGCAGCUGUCAAUCAGAGUCAGAGGCCGAGGCCCACUAAAAAACACAAGGGAGGACGGUUGGACCAACCUUCCUUGCCUCAUCGUAGGGAGGGAAUAACAGAUGAUCUUCCACCACCACCCGACCCGCCCCCUGGUCAGGGUUUAAGGCAGCAAAUAGUCCCCGGCCAGCGCGGAGGCUCGGCAGAGAGGAAAGGAAGCUCUCUUGAGAGGCAGCAUGCACCGAACGUAGAUGAAACAAAGAGCUCCCUGGACCGGCAAGCUAGGACAUCACUAGAGUGGCAGCGGCAAACCCAGGAGUGGAUAAGCUCUGCAGACCGCCAAGAGGAUUUCAGGAAAGCCCAACACAAACAAGCCUUCGGAUCAGAAGAGGCACUCGUACCAUAUAGUAAACCCAACUUCCCAUCCCCUGGCGGCCACAGCUCUUCAGGAACAGCUUCUUCUAAAGGAUCAACUGGACCUAGAAAAGGUGAAGUCUUGCGAGGAGGUCACCAACGCAAUGCCAGUGACCUUCUCGAUGUAGGCUAUGUGGGAUCAAACAGUCAAGGACAGUUUACUGGUGAAUUAUAGUAGUUGAGAAGACACAUUGCAAGCUGCUCUGAUGGACCAUCAGGUCUGAACUCAUGGAAGUGAUGACACUAAACAGUGCAAUGAACAUUUUCUUUAUUUAUGUACUAUUAAAAGAACUGUAAAUGCAAUGUAAAGACACACAGCCACACAUAUCCCACAGAUACUUUACUUGUGUUCUUCUCUUUAAUACACCAUCCACCUUAAACUAUUCCUUGUGAGGCGUAUAUAAAAAAGAAAGAAAAAAAAAAAAUCACCCUCCAGGAUGAAAAGGAUUUCCUUCUGUAUAUAAUUUCUUUUGUUGCAUUGCUAUGCAAGCUCACCUUCUUUUUAGCUAUGUUCAUAUUCAUGUCUGUUUUUAUUGGUCUGUUGUACUAUAUGUGAAUUAAUAGGCUGUGGUGCCAUAUAUUAACUUUUAAUCGUGUAACUUUUAUGUUUAAAGUUUGCACUGCAAUUUUAUUUGGUGAGAAGCACAAAACUCUACUCCUCAUGACAUGAAGAAAAAAGAGACUGAAUGUUUGAAGAAGGUUUACUUACUGUAAGCUACUUUGGAUAAUGCUGGAUGUAAAGGAGUAUGUUAGAUGGUUUUCCAUUGGGGUGUAGAAAUGAGAAAGUAACAGACAAAACUGAUGUCAGUGAAGACAUUAGCAACAGAUUUAAAUCUUUUAAAAGCAAGCAACGUAGUUGCUCUUCCUAUUUAAGAAGGGGUCAGAAGUUGGAAGUGUGAAAUUAGAGAGUGAACAUGAAAAUUAAAGGUAGCAUGAGAUGGCCUAGACCCUUUCACUAGAAUGAUGCCCUUAGUAUCUGUUUUUAGCCAUCCCAUGCCACUAAGUAAAGGGGAAGAAAAACAAACCUUGCUACAAACAUAAGAACUUAAGGUGUUUCACUAGAGCUGUUUUUAUAUUGCAGUUUUAAAAGAAUUAUUACCAUUAAUUUCUCCAACCCAAAAUAUAAGACAGAGAUUUCCCAGGAGAAACAAAUAAUAUAAACUCAAGGAAUACCUAGUAAGUAGUUAAGGAUGCAAUUUAUUAUUAAGACAUAUUCAGGCUGCUUCCAAAAAAUUGAAAUGUCAGAGUAUCUUAUUUCAUCUUUCCAAUACAUGUACAUUAUAAUAGAAGAUAGAGCUACACCACUGAAAUUCAUGCCAUUAAUUGUUUUGAUGCAGUCUAAACAAACCUUUGUGUUCUGUUACCCGAGGUCUACAAGAGCUGAAGCUGGAUCCACUAAAUUUGUAGUAAAAUGUUUAAUGUUUGGAAGGAAAGCAAUGGUCAAAUUAUUUUCGGAUUGCAUUAAGUACAUUUCUGGCAAUACAAUACAUCCAAAAAGUUGAAUAUAAGCAAAGAAAAUCUUUGACCUGUGUUUUAGUGGGUGGCCUCAAACCCUGAUAUGAUGAGGAAAUAACGCAUGUUUAUACACUUUUUGAAUAAACCAGACUCUGUAAGUGGACAUUAAUGACAGCAUUCUGUCUCUUCAUUAAUUUUCAUGACUUUGUCCAAAUCUUUUGUACCUUUCAAAUCUAAAUGAGUAAAUUGUCAAACUUUCCUUAGAAUAUUGUAUGUGGAUAGUCCACUCAUUUGAUGCUUAAUUUAAAUAUUGCAUCCUGCAGCUUCUUUCUGUUAGUUAUCUGACCAUGAACAAGUUUCCAUUUGAAUACCUUUUUCAUAUAACCAGUCUAUGUUGUUUUAUAUAUUGCCUUGGAGCUCACCAGUAUUAAGAACACUUUUAGUAAUAGCAGAAUCUCAGAAAAGUAAACUACAAUGCUAAAUAUGUGUUGUUUUUCAUUUCAUUAACUUGUUCCAUGAUAAGAUAAAACACUACAGCCAUCAACUAUAACUCAGCACUAUUGAAUAUUUUAAAAAUGCUAGUUAACUUCUUUAAGGUCAAGACUGUUAUUUAGCAGGUUACAAACCAAAAAAAGUUGAGAGAAAAAUGUAUGCAUUUAUUUAUAUAUGUGACCAGUGAAUAUAUGUAAUUUUCCUGCUUGUUAAACCAUUGCAGUUAAAACCAUUACUUUAUAAUGUGCAAAAAUGUUUAAGCAAGAUAAAGAAGGAAUCAUAUUUACAUACGUAUGUUUUUUAUUUUGGUAUUACCAUAUGAAGAGAAGACUAUUCAGGGUACAAUUCAAAUUUAAUUCUCUGGAAAAUGUUUAACUCAGUCACGGUAUAUUUUUUUUUUACAUUUAAUUCGAAAGCUUGUGCUGAGCUUUGGUGGAACACCUUAGUCACUAUAUUCUAUUCAAAAUUCAGUAUCAUUAGAUGUUGAUAAAUCCAUUCCAAUUACUUUCAAAUACGUGUUUUAUCUCUUCCACUGGAAAGUAAAUGUGUGUCAGUAUUAAAGCUGUGCAGUACCAUGAUAUUCACUAACUUGUCCAUCUGCUUCUGUACAUUUUUGUUCAUUAAUAAUUUGCUUACAAUAUUACAUAAGGUGUUGUUGUGUAUCGCAAAGUGUCUCCAUUAUCUUACAGGUGAUGUCUCUUCUUUUUUUCUCUCUCUCUCUUUUCUAGACAGUGUACUUCCAAUGAACCACAGUACAUAUUUUUUAAAAUGCCAUUUAAUUUACUAUUUUAAAAGAAGUAUUCUUUUUUUUUUUUUUUUUUUUUAAAUUGAAAACAUUUAUUGUGAAUAAUGUGUUUAAAGAAAAGGGAUGUUGUGGCAGCACUUAGAAUUGUUUUUUAAUUUGUUUUUUAAAAAACUGUUUAUUGGCUACAGUUUGUUCACGAAAAAGUACAACCUCUUAAUGUGUUUCAUUGGUAUUGUUAGUGCAGCAAAGUUUAAUUGGCAUAAAAAGUUGGUUAAUAGUACUGUUGAAGUGUGUAUUGUAUAUUUACUGGGGAAAAAAUAAAACAUAUUCACAUUUCAAA